GUAAUCCAAUCACUGGUAACCUUCCAGCACGGCUCUGACCACUCAUUUCCUCUGGGGUAGCUGGAGAGUGAAGAAGGCAGAGCGACGGCACUAUGAGGCCUCAGGGGAAAGCCAGGUGACAGAAUGCCAUUCAUUAUAAGAGGAAGACCCCUGAGGGGGGCCCAGUAUGCCAGCAACAAAAGGACCACUUCCUGUGCUGAUGCCUCGGCCCUCUGGUCAGAAAGCCAAACUCAUCUGCACCAGGUCAGCCCAACCGAGCCCUCGCACGCCCCUGCCAGCACCGGUAAGCCCGUGGGCUCGUCCCAUGGACUCCUGGGAACAAACAGCGGCAUCCAGGGUCCCGGCUCCGGCUCUGGUAUCAGCACAGGCACCAGCACUGCCACUGGCAUCAGCCCUGUCCUGGCCUGGCACGCCGCUAUCAACGCCGCUCGUCAGGCACAGGGCGAUGUCGACAAGCCCGACAUGAGACCGCAGCCCGCUGUGUGCACCACAGGAGCGGCACCCGUGGGUUCGUUGGCGCAAAGGAAGAGGCAGCAAUACGCCAAGAGCAAAAAACAGGGAGGGUCCACCAACAGCCGGCCACCCAGAGCGCUGUUUUGUCUCACCCUCAACAACCCCAUACGCAGGGCUUGCAUCAACCUGGUGGAGUGGAAACCCUUUGAUAUAUUUAUACUACUCUCAAUCUUUGCCAACUGUGUGGCCUUAGCCAUCUACAUCCCCUUCCCUGGAGACGACUCCAAUUCUACCAACCAAGAGCUGGAAACUGUGGAAUAUGCCUUCCUGAUCAUUUUCACUAUUGAGACAUUUAUGAAGAUUAUUGCCUACGGCUUGGUCAUGCACCAGAACUCCUAUGUCAGAAAUGGCUGGAACAUGCUGGACUUUGUUAUCGUCAUCGUGGGCUUGUUCAGCGUGAUCCUGGAGAUGAUAACCAAAGACGCAGACUCCAGUGGCCAGUCAGGAGGCAAACCAGGGGGGUUUGAUGUCAAGGCCCUCCGAGCCUUUCGUGUGCUUCGCCCCCUUCGCCUUGUCUCCGGAGUUCCCAGUCUCCAAGUGGUCUUGAACUCCAUCAUCAAAGCCAUGGUCCCCCUGCUUCACAUUGCCCUGCUGGUCCUCUUUGUCAUCAUCAUCUACGCCAUCAUCGGUCUGGAGCUCUUCAUUGGAAAAAUGCAUGCUACCUGCUACAUGAUAAAAACGGGUGCGCUGGCAGAAGAAGAGCCAAGGCCGUGCGCCAUGUCAGGAAACGGCCGUCACUGCACGCUGAACACAAGCGUAUGCAGGGAAGGCUGGCAGGGUCCCAACAACGGCAUCACCAACUUUGACAACUUCCUGUUUGCCAUGCUGACGGUGUUCCAGUGCAUCACCAUGGAGGGAUGGACUGACGUGCUCUAUUGGAUGAACGAUGCAAUGGGGUUUGAGCUGCCGUGGGUCUACUUUGUCAGUCUGGUCAUCUUUGGAUCCUUCUUUGUUCUUAACCUGGUUUUGGGUGUCCUCAGUGGAGAGUUUUCCAAAGAACGAGAGAAAGCCAAAGCACGAGGCGACUUCCAGAAGCUACGUGAGAAGCAGCAGCUGGAGGAGGACCUGAAGGGCUAUCUGGACUGGAUCACGCAGGCCGAGGACAUUGACCCUGAGAACGAGGAAGAGGGAGAUGAAGAGGGCAAGUGCAACAGGGUCACGCUAGCCGACCUCACAGAGAAGAAGAAGGGAAAGUUUGGCUGGUUCACUCAGUCCACAGAGACGCAGGGUAAACCAAGCGUCCCCACCAGCGAGACGGAGUCUGUUAACACCGACAAUCACAGCAGCGACGAUGACAAAUGGUUCUGCUGUGCUCCUUUGUGUAAAAAAAUAACUAAGUCAAAGUGCAGUCGACAGGGUCGACGGUGGAAUCGCUUCUGGCGCAGGAAGUGUCGAGCGGCGGUGAAAUCUGUGACUUUUUACUGGCUGGUCAUCAUCUUGGUUUUCCUCAAUACGCUCACCAUCGCCUCGGAACACUACAACCAACCCAACUGGCUCACCGAAGUUCAAGAUGCAGCCAACAAAGUCCUCCUGGCCAUGUUCACCUUGGAGAUGCUAGUGAAGAUGUACAGUUUGGGGCUGCAGGCCUACUUUGUCUCCCUGUUCAAUCGCUUUGAUUGCUUUGUGGUGUGCGGCGGCAUCGUCGAGACGAUCCUUGUGGAGCUGGCCAUCAUGUCUCCGCUCGGCAUCUCCGUCUUCCGCUGUGUCCGCCUACUGAGGAUCUUUAAGGUCACGCGCCAUUGGGCAUCACUGAGUAACCUGGUGGCCUCCUUGCUCAACUCAAUGAAGUCCAUCGCCUCGCUGUUGCUGCUCCUUUUCCUCUUCAUCAUCAUCUUCUCCUUGCUGGGAAUGCAGCUGUUUGGGGGCAAGUUCAACUUUGACGAGACCGUUACCAAACGCAGCACCUUUGACAACUUCCCCCAAGCCCUCCUAACCGUGUUCCAGAUCUUAACGGGAGAAGACUGGAACACGGUGAUGUACGACGGCAUCAUGGCAUACGGCGGUCCCGCUUCCUCCGGAAUGGUGGUGUGCAUUUACUUCAUCAUCCUCUUCAUCUGCGGGAAUUAUAUCCUGCUCAACGUGUUCUUGGCCAUUGCUGUGGACAACCUGGCUGACGCUGAGAGCCUCAACACCGCGCAGAAGGAGGAGGAGGAGGCCAAGAAGAGGAGGAACAGUGCUAACAGGGAGGUGGGCAUCGACCAGAGAGUAGAAAUCAUACAAAACACAGAUGGAGAAACAAAGGUGCCAGUGGAGCUUUUACUGGAAGAGGACAAAGAACUUUAUUCCAUUAACUCACCAGUAUGUUGCGCCAAUGAUGACCUUCCAGAGGUCCCUUCUGGGCCCCGCCCUCAGAGGCUGUCCGAGCUGACCCUCAAGGAAAAAACUCCCCCCAUCCCAGACGGAAGCGCCUUUUUCAUCUUCAGCAACACCAACCCGGUUCGAGUUUUCUGCCAUAAGCUGAUCAACCAUCAGAUCUUCACCAACCUCAUCCUGGUCUUCAUCAUGCUCAGCUCCGUGUCUUUGGCCGCUGAGGAUCCCAUACGCAGCUUCUCUGCACGCAAUAUUAUACUCGGUUAUUUUGACUAUGCUUUCACGGCAAUCUUUACUGUUGAGAUCCUGUUGAAGAUGACGGCGUUUGGAGCGUUCCUUCAUAAAGGAGCUUUCUGUCGGAACUACUUCAACCUCCUGGAUCUGCUGGUUGUCGGAGUGUCUCUGGUCUCCUUCGGUAUUCAAUCUUCUGCUAUCUCCGUGGUGAAGAUUCUCCGUAUUUUGAGAGUCCUCCGACCGCUCAGGGCCAUCAACAGAGCCAAAGGACUGAAGCAUGUGGUCCAGUGCGUGUUUGUCGCCAUCAGGACUAUCGGCAACAUCAUGAUCGUCACCACGCUGCUGCAGUUCAUGUUUGCUUGUAUUGGAGUGCAGCUCUUCAAGGGGAAGUUCUAUCGCUGCACAGAUGAUGCCAAGUCCAGUCCGGAGGAAUGCAAGGGCACCUACAUCCUCUACAACAACGGUGACACGGCCAUGCCGAUGGUCAAGGAGAGGAUCUGGCACAACAGCGACUUCAACUUUGAUAAUGUCCUCGUGGCCAUGAUGGCUCUCUUCACCGUGUCCACCUUUGAAGGAUGGCCCACUCUCUUGUACAAGGCCAUCGACUCCAACCGAGAAAACAUGGGCCCAAUCUACAACUACCGCAUUGAGAUCUCCAUCUUUUUCAUCAUCUACAUCAUCAUCAUCGCUUUCUUCAUGAUGAACAUCUUUGUGGGCUUCGUCAUUGUCACCUUCCAGGAACAAGGGGAGAAGGAGUACAAGAACUGUGAGCUGGAUAAGAACCAGCGCCAGUGUGUGGAGUAUGCUCUCAAAGCCCGUCCCCUGCGUCGCUACAUCCCCAAAAACCCUUACCAGUACAAGUUCUGGUAUGUGGUCAACUCCACCGGCUUUGAGUAUGUCAUGUUUGUCCUCAUCAUCCUCAACACGCUGUGUCUGUCCAUACAGCACCACGGACAGUCCCACUUGUUCUACUACACCAUGGAUAUUCUGAACAUGGUCUUCACUGGGGUUUUCACCGUGGAGAUGAUCCUCAAGCUUAUCGCCUUCAAGCCCAGGGGUUACGUCGGGGACGCUUGGAACGUCUUCGACGCCCUGGUGGUGAUCGGCAGUGUAGUGGACAUCAUACUCAGUCAGAACUAUUUUGCUGAUGCAUGGAACACGUUUGAUGCCUUAAUUGUUGUGGGUAGCGUGGUUGACAUUGCCAUCACUGAGGUCAAUUCGACAGCCCUUCCUGUCGUCAAGGUGAUAGUGGAACCUGGGAACACAGAAGACAGCGCUCGCAUCUCCAUCACAUUCUUCCGCCUGUUUCGAGUGAUGCGAUUGGUGAAGUUGCUGAGCAGGGGUGAGGGCAUCAGGACCCUACUGUGGACCUUUAUCAAAUCCUUUCAGGCGCUCCCUUAUGUUGCGCUUCUGAUAGCCAUGCUAUUCUUCAUCUAUGCAGUCAUUGGGAUGCAGGUUUUUGGGAAAAUAGCCAUGGUUGAUGGAACGCAGAUCAACCGCAACAACAACUUUCAAACGUUCCCUCAAUCCGUCCUCAUGCUCUUCAGAUGUGCCACGGGGGAGGCCUGGCAGGAGAUCAUGCUGGCCUGUCUGCCGGGGAAGCUAUGCGACUCCGAGUCGGACUACAACCCCGGCGAGGAAAGAACGUGUGGCAGCAGCUUUGCCAUCAUAUACUUCAUCACUUUCUACAUGCUCUGCGCCUUCCUGAUCAUUAACCUAUUUGUCGCCGUCAUCAUGGAUAACUUUGACUAUCUCACACGUGAUUGGUCCAUUCUUGGACCGCAUCAUCUUGAUGAAUUUAAAAGAAUCUGGUCUGAAUAUGAUCCAGAAGCAAAGGGCAGGAUAAAACAUCUGGAUGUGGUGACCCUACUGAGGAGGAUCCAACCCCCCCUUGGCUUUGGCAAACUCUGUCCUCACAGAGUGGCCUGUAAGCGUCUGGUGGCCAUGAACAUGCCUCUGAAUAGCGACGGCACGGUCAUGUUUAACGCCACUUUGUUCGCACUUGUUCGCACUGCACUAAAGAUCAAGACGGAAGGCAACCUGGAACAAGCCAAUGAGGAGCUGAGAGCUGUGAUCAAGAAGAUCUGGAAGAGGACCAGCAUGAAGCUACUGGAUCAAGUAGUGCCCCCCGCGGGUGAUGACGAGGUAACAGUGGGGAAGUUCUAUGCCACCUUCCUGAUACAGGACUACUUCAGGAAGUUCAAGAGGCGCAAAGAGAAAGGCCUCGUGGGCAGGCGCUCCUUCGACAGGAUCAACACCACCAUGGCUUUGCAGGCUGGCCUGCGUACGCUGCAUGACAUUGGACCCGAGAUCCGUCGAGCCAUAUCAUGUGACCUGCAGGAGGAGGGGCUUGUAGAUUUAACAGAGGAGGAAGAUGAAGGAAUUUUUAGGCGUAAUGGCGGCCUUUUCGGUAACCACGCCAACCACAUCAACGCCACCCCGCAAGGCUUAACCCAGCCGACCACCGUCACUCAACGUCCUCUUCAGAUCCUCCCAUUUUCCUCCAGUGCCUCAACAACCGAACCCGCACACACGGACCAGAUAGACAACAACAGAAUGGAGGAGAUGGAUCAUCAUCACCAUCAUCAUCAUCAUCAUCCGUCAGACUACUCCUGCUUUAAUUCCAAUAGCCAACAGUCGCCCAUUCCCUCCAACUCCAACCUGAACAACGCCAACGUGCCGCCGCUUCUCUCCAUCACCAACGAGAGGCAGCAGAAGUGUUUCCUAUCGCCCAACCGCCCGACCUCGGCAGGCAGGACGAGGUCACCGUUGUCCACCGGCAAGCCUUGGAAGUCCCUCUCCAUGAGGAGGCGCUGCUAUGAGGCCUACAUUAGGUCAGAGAAUGUUAGGGGGAACUACACCAACAUCGGGCGGUUAGACGUAGGGGGAGGAGACAGCGAUGAAGAUCAAGGCUCAGCAGAGUACUACUAUAGCGGGGACGAGUCCCAUGAGGACAUCAUACUCACAAACGACAGGCUGUCAAAUAAAGACAACGUGGAUUUGGAAGGCGGGGUCUCCAGCUUGGAACAUCAGUCUGAUUGUUUCUAUGACGAUGACCAGCAACCGAUAUGCCAAGAGGACAGGCAGUCGCCCAGGAGAUGGUUUCUAUCUUCGCCUCAAGGUGACGCAUCUCUCAACAGAUCAGCGUUCAGUUUCGAGUGUCUUCGUAAAAGAAGUGGUCAGGAGGAAGCUCCUCCUUCUCCUUCCUGCACAGCACUUCCUCUACAUUUGCUUCAACAACAGGUCAUGGCGGUGGCCGGUCUUGACGCCAGUAGACUUCAACGCCUCUCCCCCACACGGUCCGUCUACUCCUGGGCCACGCCCCCUGCUUCGCCCCUGGCCAGCGACUGCUCACCUUGCUACACGCCACUCAUACAGGUGGACUGGAGGAGCUCAGGAAGCGUUGGCAACAUCCCGACGUCAUUGAAGAGGAGCUCGUGGUACACGGAAGGACAGGACGGUGUGUCCGUCCGCGGGCGAUCAUCUUCCCGACUUCAACUUCCCGCAGAGAGCCGCUCGCAUUUCUUGCAGAAGAGAGGCAGCGCCAACAGUCUGGUGGAGGCGGCGUUGAUCUCCGAGGGUCUGGGAAAAUAUGCCAGGGAUCCCAAAUUUGUAUCGGCGACCAAACAGGAAAUCGCAGAUGCCUGCGAGUUGACCAUCGACGAAAUGGAGAGUGCCGCCAGCAACUUGUUGAACGGCAGCAUGGCCGACAUAGGUGGCGGCUCGGGGACCCCAGGUUCGGACCCCGCCGUGGCGAACAUGCGGGACUACAGCGAUGAGGAGACGUACUCCUCUUCCGCCGCCGCCAAGCAAGAGGAGGAGGACCUCACGGACGAGAUGAUAUGCAUCACAUCGCUAUAGCAACCAACACCAUGGAUUUUUUUUUCUAUUGAUUGAUUGAUUGAUUGAUUGAUUGUCCUCCUGCAAUAGACGACGUAAAAGAAUGAAGUGCCUUGUUUUGUCUUUCUACACGACAACAACUGAACAACACCUAUGAAAACAAGCACACUCAUGAGAUGUUGUUUUUUUUUUUUUUUAUAGCCCCUCCCUCCCCCCUCCGGGUGUGAACGCUUCAUUUCACGAGUGCUGAUCAAUGACGAGGCUUGCGAGUGUGUAAGCAUUUCAUUUAUUUACAUUCUUUAGCUUGCUUUGAACUUCUAAAUAAUACUCGAAAUACAGUGGAACCUCUUACGGGUCUAUUUUUAAUAGAAAUGAUCUGUUCCAAGGUCAAAAUAUGGCCAUUAUAACAUCUUUGUUUAUGGUACACAUAAACAGCCACAUUUAGUCACGGAUGCGUAUAAUAUAUAAAUGGUGAGAAAAAAAAAGGGCAGUUCAUGUGACGUAACAUGACUCCACGGUUCUAUGGUUAUCAUCAUACAUCUCUUCUACCCCAUUGAAGGUCAGAUCACAUCAAAUUAAAUUGAAUUUUACAGUUUUACACAUAAAUAAAAGAUGUAUGAUAUACAAUAUCAGGAUGUGAACCUCCUUUUUUACUUCUUAGACAGUGCAGUGGACCGGAUGUGGUUCCCGGGCCGUAGUUUAGCCACCCCUGCCUUAAAUAAUUAUAUAAAAAUAUAAAUAAAAUUGUAUUGAAUUAAUCAUUAAUACAUAAAAAUAGAUACAUUAAAGGGGAAGUACACAUAUUUCUUUCUCACGCCGAUCUCUUUGGGAUGGCUGUAUCUUCCAGCACGUGUGCUCUAGUCCUCAGCUAACAAAUUCUGACGGAAAUAUAUUUUGUUGUGCUAGCUGCUACAAUAACACUAUCGCUGUAACUUGAUUAAUAUACAAUUAAGUUAUGUAAAUGGAAUUUUUUUGAGUCUUUUUUGUGAGGUCUUUAGCGUCAAAAUAAGUAUUUCCGAUCAUGUCCAGUUUUAGCUAGCUCAUAGUUUUUUGCACUAUAAUGCACAAAGGAAAAUACAUGUUCAUAUUUCACUGACGGGCAAAAAUGCAUACAAAUAGAUACAUUUAAAGUGGAAGCACACUUGCUAACAUGAACGCAUAUUUCUUUCCAACUCCGAUCUCUUUGGGAUGGCUGUAUCUUCCAGCACGUGUGCUCCAGUCCUCAGCAAAAAAAUUCUGACGUAAAUAUAUUUUGUAGUGUUAGCUGCUACAAAUAACACUAACGCUGUAACUUGAUUAAUAUACAAUUCAGUUUUGUAAUUUUUAGUCUUUUUUGUAAGGUCGUUAGCGUCAAAAUAAGUAUUUCCCAUCAUGUCCAUUUUUAGCUAGCUCAUAUUAAUAUGUUUUUUUUGCACUAGCAUGCACAAAAGGGAAAUAAAUAUGUGUUUAUAUUUCACUGACGGGCAAAAUUAAAAAAAUAAUAAAAAGUGUGACUCCUAAUUCAUAAUGUAAUAAAUACAAUUUUAAAUCUGUAUUAUAUACAAAUAUAAAUAAAAUAUAUUUAAAUUAAUAAACUACAUUCAUUCAUCCGUUUUCUAUGUUGCUUGUCCUCAUUAGGUUUGUAUGCUGGAGCAUAUACAUGUAUAUUGUAUUCUAUGGCUAUCAUCACACUCCUCCUCCAUACCGUCUUUGGUUUAAAUUCUUACAAUGAAACAUUACCACAGCUCACUUUUUAUUGCACUUAUUAUCAUCUCCAUCGACCACAUUGGACUGAGCAACCAGGACAUGUCAGACAUGUCCACUUUCCAAUGUCACCAUUACCAGUUCUGACUAUCUUUGUGUCGCGGAAUCAAGCAAAAACACCAUUUUUUUGCACCAAAUAAAAAUCUUGAGUAUUGAAUACUUAAAAUACUAAAUGAGCUGAAGAGGUUCCACUGUAUUUUUUUUAUGUGUGCCGAAGUCAGACGGACCAAAGCCGUUCAUUUCGCAUUUUUAGAUGUGACUUCACGUUAUUGACUGGACUUGAAAAGAAAAAAUACAUAUCACUUCAGACAAAAACAAAUCUAUAAAUAUAGUCUUUAUCCUCAGGCAUAUCUUUCUGCUUCCCAAUGACAUAUUUCUAUUUCACCCAGGCAGACAUUACAUUAUAUACGUUGUUUUUCACACAAUAUGCAAUGAUUGACUUGAACGGAGGACAAAUUGUGGUCAUAAACUGCUGCAAAAUGUUUAGAUUAUUAUUAUUAUUAUUAUUAUUAUUACACCAUGUACUGGGACUAGUAACGUUAUUUAAUGUGUUUCAUGGGUUCGGGUCUCAGGGUAAAAAGAAAUGUCAAUUUAUCAUGCAAAAGUUGUAAUGACAUCACCAUAAUCUCAUUUUAUGCCCCUUUUAAAAUGGAUAGAUAUUUUCUUAUAGAUUAUCCUCUAUUUUAUAUUGACUGUCCCCAUCUAUAUAUUUUAAUUAUUACUUAAAAAAAAGAAAAUAUUGCACAAUUUUGUUGUAAUAAUAAUAAAACUACAAAUUUAUUUUUAUUGCUAUGACAAAACCUGACACACUAAAAUUACAAUAAAUAAAAAAUAAUGAAGAUAGUUACAUUUACACAAUGUUUGUAUUAAAAAUGAAAUGUAUUCUUGUUUUAACUUUUUAACACAAAAAGAUCAAUAUAUCUAAGUUACUAAUAGGUAAUUCAUAAUUAUUUAAUUACUAUUUGUAAUUUUAAUAUUACAAAAAAAAUCUCAUGUUCUUAUUAGCUAGACUGGGAUUCACUUGAGGCAAAAUAAUACAAAUAAAAUUAUAUUUAUAACAAUAUAAAAAUAUGUAACAAUACUUUUUAAUUUUAAUCUUUUACUGAAAAAAACAACCUACUUGUUGAAUAACAAAAACAAAAUGCACCCCAAAAAAAUCCCCACUGUGUAAAUUUUUAUAAUUUUGUGCUGAAAAGAUUCACGUCAUAAAAUGGGUUUCAACAGCAUCAGGAAACAAAAAUAUGAAUGAUUGCUGGGAGUUUUUUUUUUGCAGGUCAUUUAUCCAAAAUAUUUGAGUUUUGGUAAUUUUUGUUUUGUAAUGUUCCAUUGCUUUACUUUUAUUAUGAUGUACCGUUGUAAAAAAACAAACAAAAAAAACCUGUACAUUAUUUAUAUAUAAAAAAAACUA